GAUUCCUAAAUUUGUUGUGACGUGUUUAUUAUUGAUGUGUAGUAGUAGUAAUAAUAAUAAUGGGAUACAAACGAUUGUUUAAUGACGGCGACUACUAUCAGGAUGACGACAAGGAAGGGGAUGGAUCAGGACCAUCAGUUAACAGAGGACACGACGGUAGAAAUGUCACGAUGCGUCUGUCACCUGAAGACGAGGCUAAGUUGGAAAACUUGAUUCGUCGACCGGUUCGAGAGGAGGUGGAGCGUGUAUUGGAAAAGUACUUUGGCAAAUUACCAAGAUCUCCGGAUUCACAUGAAUCACGAAGUACGACGUCUUUGCAGCUUCGUAUUCAGACGAAGCUGCACCCUACGUUUUUCACUGGCUGUAGGAUCGAGUCUGAAGACGCAAGUCCUAUCAAAAUAGUGUUAUUCGAUGUUAGUAAUAAUAGGAUUGUAUCACGUGGACCCUUAUCGUCACUUAAGAUAGUGAUUGUUCCUCUUGAUGGUGAUUUCUCUUUUGAUGAUGAUGAAGAUUGGCCCCAACAUGAUUUUGAUGCCAAAGUUAUAUACGCAAGAGACGGAAAAAGGCCUUUGCUGACUGGGGAAUUGGUACUAACUUUAAAAGAAGGUGUUGCGGAUUUAGGUGAAGUAGUUUAUACUGAUAACUCAAGCUGGAGGAGGAGCCGGAAAUUUAGGUUAGGGGUGAAGGCCCAAAAUGCACCUAAUGGAGUUAGAAUUAGAGAAGCAAGAAGCGACGCAUUUGUGGUUAAAGAUCAGAGAGGAGAGCACUACAAGAAGCAUUAUCCUCCAUCGUUGGUCGAUGACAUAUGGCGCUUGAAAAAGAUAGCGAAAGAGGGAGUUUUGCACAAAAAGUUGGGUUUACACAAGAUAUAUACUUUGAAAGACUUUCUGCAGGUGUACAAUACUAAUGAGGCCUCAUUGUGCAUGCUACUCGGCGGCCCCAAUAACAGCAUAUGGAAGGCAAUAAUCAAGCAUGCCAAAACAUGUGUUUUAGACGACAAGGUGUACAUGUACAACUGUGUUGCAGCUGGGAUCGGUAUCUUGUUCAAUUCCGUUUUGGAGGUCGUUGGUGCAACCUUAGAUGGUCAAAAUUACCUCUCCAUGAAUGAACUUACUGAUCAAAAGGCUAUGUUGGAAGAGGUGAAACAACAAGUUUACACAGAGCUGGCUCCAAUGAUACCAAUUGAUGAUCUAUCUAUGGUUGCAACCCCGGUGCGAGCUGCCAACCUCAAUCCUGACCUUCUUAGAAUGGCUAGUUUAGUCUUGCAGGAUGUUAAUGUCCCACUUCCACUCCAAGAUCAAUUGCAAUUGCAGAUUUCAGAUCCAUAUAGUAGUGGAAUAAACGAUGGAAGUGAACUGGGAGUUGAUGAUUAUGAAGCUUUUGAUCUUCAGGACGGGAUGUCAUCAUGGCAAGCAAAUGGACCAAAUAUGGAUUUUAUUUCCUCUGAUAUUAACAUAUGUUUCUCGGGUAAUGGGUCGCCCAGAGGAAGGUGGUGCAAGGUUCGGGCAGCCAUGAUGUUGGUUUCUGUGUGGAAAUAUAUAUCUGCAAAAAAAUCCAUAUUUUCCUAAUUGGGAUGUAAAACUAUCUGUUGUAAGAUCUUGUAUAUGAGUAAGUUUUGUUGUAUACAUAUCAACUCUCUAAUUGGGAAGUGAUAUGUAACAUAAGGUUUUUGAUAUUUAGGUAUGCUUGCUUUACUUUCUAUUGUACAGUGAAAAGUUCGCUGAAGCCUAGAGGCAAAAUUUCUAUUAGUUGUGGCUAGCAGUGGCGUUGUCUUCUUUGUCGCCCUACGUGUAAUUUUGAUGUUUAAAGUGUAUCAUAUAAUAAACAUUUUUUCGUUCUUAUGA